CGGGGUGGAGCUGGGGGCUCGGGGGGUGCAGCCGGCGGCGGGCGGCUGCCCCGGGACGGCUCUAAAUUGGCCGAAGGGCCCGUCGACGGCGAAGUUGCUCGCGGGGGGCAGAGGCGGCCACGCGGUUGCAGGAAUUGGCCAACGGCUCGUUUCCACCCUUCCUCGUUGGUGGCCACUGGAGAAGCGCGGGGGGCUCCCCAGACAGCCGUGGGGACAAGUUAGAGCCAGCACUUUGCCCCGGGCCUCGCGUGUAGCUUCCCGUUGGCUGGGUGUCGGAGGGGGUUGCCGGUGCGGGGGUGUGCCCUCUUUUCAUGUCCCAUCCCCCGGGCCACCCUCGGGGCCCGUGUUCCAGCGCACUCUUGCGGACCACACGGCGGUGGUCUUGGGGAGCCAAUCGGCGUCAUGUCCCGGUAUAGCUACCAAAGUCUCCUGGACUGGCUGUAUGGGGGCGUGGACCCCAGUUUUGCAGGCAAUGGGGGCCCCGACUGUGCUGCCUUCCUGUCUUGGCAGCAGCGGCUGCUGGAAAGUGUGGUGGUCCUGACCCUGGCCCUGUUGGAGAUCCUGGUGGCCCUGCGGCACAUCCUGAGGCAGACGAAGGAGGACGGUAGGGAUAGCCGAGGCUGCCAGCCAGAGCAGGUGACCCAGCGGCCAGAGGAAGGCAAGGAGAGCCUGAGCAAGAAUCUGCUCUUAGUAGCCCUGUGCCUGACCUUCGGGGUAGAGGUGGGCUUUAAGUUCGCCACCAAGACCGUCAUCUACCUGCUCAACCCCUGUCACCUGGUCACCAUGAUGCAUAUCUUUCUCCUGGCCUGCCCACCAUGUCGUAGUGCUAUUGUCAUCUUCAAGCUACAGAUGCACAUGUUGAAUGGAGCACUUCUGGCCCUGCUGUUUCCUGUGGUAAAUACCCGGCUGCUCCCCUUUGAACUGGAGGUCUACUAUAUCCAGCAUGUAAUGUUGUAUGUGGUUCCAAUCUAUCUGCUGUGGAAAGGAGGUGCUUACACCCCAGAGCCCCUCCGCAGUUUCCAGUGGGCCCUUCUCUCCACUGGCCUCAUGUUCUUUUAUCACUUCACCGUCUUGCAGAUUUUGGGCCUGGUCACCGAAGUGAAUUUGAACAACAUGCUGUGUCCGGCCAUCUCAGACCCAUUCUACGGCCCCUGGUAUCGCAUCUGGGCCUCGGGACACCAGACUCUCAUGACCAUGACCCACGGGAAGCUGGUUAUCCUGUUCUCAUACAUGGCUGGGCCCUUGUGUAAAUAUCUGCUAGAUUUGCUUCGGCUUCCAGCCAAGAAAAUAGACUGAAGGUGCUUGUGUUGUUGUUUUUUUUUUUUCUCUCCCCGAGGAAACAAGUCCUGACUUGACUUGGAGAACACCCAGUUCUUGAUGAAAUCAUGGGAGAGGGCAGUAGGGUGUUUGGUGCAUUUCUUCUUUCUUAUUCUCCAUCCAUCUCUUCCACCACUCUUCCCCACUUUUGCCCCCAGGACUUCUCCUGGAGCCUGGGGUGUAGUGCUGAGGGCUGGCUCUUUCCUCCUUCCUUUGGUUGGUCUCUUUCUCUUGGUUCUUUGUGGCCUUACUGGCAGUCAGUUUCUUUCUGCCGGUUGGUUCUUCCUGCUGGUCGGUGCUUUAACAGCAGCUGGUUGAAAAGAAAGGGUACAACAGGCAGUUAUUCUUUUGGCAUUGAAACGGUGAGAUUGGGCUGUCUUUUAUUCUGCCACUGCCAGGGACUUUCAGGCUCAUACUGGGGUCCCCUUUUGCAUCCAGAGUAUCCCCCACCAUCAUGGGGACUGAGGCCUUGUUUCUAUACCAGCGGUCAGCGGAGAGCCAAGGGAUUUCCCAGCUCAUGGCCGAAAUAGAACUGGCCAGCUUCUUCAUACUGGUGUCCCAUGACUUGAAGCAAGUAGCCAACCAACCACUCCCUCCAGGAGGCUGCCUGGGGUGAGAGGUGGGAGCACUGCCCAGCCCCAGGACUGCAUUUCAUGCAGGAUGUUGGCGAGCUGUGGUAAUUGGCGAUCCAAAUUGAACACGGUUCCAGCGGCCGCAAGUGGUAAUCAUAGGCAGGACCCCAGUCAAUCAGCAUGUGAGAACAGAGGAUGGACAACUGAAGCCAAUCUCAAUCAGAAGGGAGCAGAGAUUAAUCAACACAAGGGUUAGCUUGAGCAAACGGUCAUUUCAAUUAUAAGCUCCAAUUUAGUUGAAUGUUAAUAAUAGAUGCCGUUUUCAUCCAGAGUGCCCCUUGAACAUUGGUUCUCUGCCUGCCAGCCCCCUGUCUUAAAAGGCAGCUUUCGGGCAGAAUGAGCUCCAUGUGGAUAUUUUUGCUUUUUUAAAAAUCUGUUUCAGUUUUUCUAUUUUGGCUGAUCGGUUUUUGCAUGUUGAUGUUUGGAGAAUAUUUUGUUUCUGGGCCUGAUUUUGGAGAUACUCUUGUAGAUCAAUUUCAGUAGUGGUUGUCAUGUCGACAUCAUGGGUUUGAACUGAUGUGGCCACUGGCAGCAUAGUCUGAAGUGAGAUGUCCCUGAGGCCAGACUUAGUGCUGACUUGGUGGGGAGAGGGGCCAGGGCACACAUUCUCUCAUGCCCACCCCUAAAUUCAUGUCUAGGUGCCACUCACCUAGAGUGGCAGAGUCCAGGCUAUCAGGCCCCAUUGCAGGAGGGUCAGUUGCUCUAAAAGGACCACCUUUAGUUCCUCGAGUUAAAUGCCGUCAUGCGUGGACCUCAAGAAGGGAGGCAGUGGUGGAGUGCUUGCGGGCUCCUGGUGGUCCUUUCCUUGGAACCUCAGAACAGAUUGGCUGAAGAACAGAAACAAACGGUUCAAUAACCUCGUCGGCUGGGCUCCUUUCCUGCCUGCCACUCUAGGCUUCCCAGUGUUCUAGGGCCAUUGCCAGUAUUGCAGCUGUUACUGUAUUAGACCUGGAUAGAGCCUCGGCAUCUCCCUGGGCGGGAUGUUAGCAAGCAGGCCUACAGGCAGCCGCCAAACGCCAGAGAUUGUGUCUGAGCGAGUAGACACCCAGGGCAGCAGCCAUAGGAGGGACCACCUUUUACAGAGGCCUGCUGGCUUGGAAGUGUGCAUUCCCGAGGGUGGGAGUGGAACCCCAGUGCUCUUAUUCCCCCUGAACUCCUGUUGAUGCACACACUUGGCGGUGGGCCCUCCUAAAGGGCUUAGCCCCACAGUUCUGUAUGCCUCUCACCCCAGGCUUGCCAUUCCGCACAGACCUCUCUUGGGUGGUUGGGUUCAUCCUGCCUGGCGUAAAUUGUUGCCUGUGGGGAUGACUGAUAAGGAAAUAUGCCUGGCUCCUAAUGUCCUUGGCCUCUUCACAAAAGGAAAGGUUGGAAGAAGAUUGUGGCAGGUUGUCAGCAGCCUUUGGGCCUGUCUUGUCCUCUGCCAGGACACAGAGACAUGUAGACUCUCAGCUGGGAGCUGCAGCUUGGGUGGGCCAGGUGUUCCAGACGUGAGUCUACAGCCCCCACCCACCGACAUCUGCCUGUCUCUGACAUGGUUCAGGUUGUGAAUUGGCGUGGACCUUCCCCCACGCUGGCAUGUAUGCCCCUUCCCUUUGUUCUGGCUACUACUCAGCAUCCCAUUUCUGCCCAAUGCUUUCUGAUGCUUACAGGAGAGGUGAGAGUGCAAGCUACAUGCCUGGCAGGGUUGGGCAAGAGAGAUACAGCUUGGGUGGGAAGUGGGAGUGGAAACCUGGUCCUUGAGGAUCUUGGCUGCCUCAGAGAUACGGAGAUGAGACACAGAGUGAACCUGUUCUGCAAACUUCACCGGAAUUUGGAACCUGUACUGGAGGUGUUGUGGGUGCAGCAGGCAUCUGAGCUGGUUUGUACCAUACUGGUGUGUACCACCUGGCAGCAUCUGGGAGCCUGGCAUGCGUGUGUGCACACAUGUGUCUGAGACAGUGUUUGUCAGAUGGACCUUUUGCUUGCAAACAAACAGCCCAGCCAGGGAAAGGAGUGCUUCCUCAGGUACCAAGGUGGCCUUGGCCGAGGAUCAGGGCAAACAGAAAUAGUUGCUUUAGCCAGCCAGCUUGUGGCAUCCACUAGGAAGAGCAAAGAGGGACCAAUCUGCUUGCAGCUAACCCCCCAAAUUAAAAUCAGUCAAAACCAAGUCUUUGAUUCAGUCCACCAAAGAUGAGCUGGCCCAUCUUUGUCCAUCAAUGUUUUCCUCUCUGUGAAGCCAGGGACCUGGUCUCCCCAUGUCAACCCUCUAUUCCAGCUGGUCACGUAGUCAGGAGCUUUGGGGGCCUUGUGAGAGCACAGUUCCAAUCGAGUACUCCAUCCUAGCUAUCAGAUCAUCCCUUGGGCUGUGCUUCCUCCCCCGCCCAACAACGUGCUCUUUGUGCUCAUUGAUAAUUGAUCAUUGAUAAUUCAGUGUUUGGUGGGGCCCAGCCACUCCCUCUCCCCACACAACCAGUGACGUAUCAGCAGGUAGUGGUCCUGGGGCUGCCAGCACCCCUGAGGGAGUCAGAAGGAGUGAGGGAGAGGAAUGGACGGACUGAACCUGUCUGGGAGGAAGAAUGCUGGUGUGGCUGGUGUAGCACCAGGAGUUGGCAAGAAGGAGCGUUUUUUGAACUGACCGUGGCUGUACUUGAUAAGGCCCAUGCUGGCAAGCGGCGCCCUGCUAGAGCGGGGCUGUGUCUGCAUCUGUGACAGGAAUUUUCUUCCUCUUCUGUAUAUAGUAUGCGCCCAUCGGGGCUCCGGAACCUCUAGUCGCUGGUUGUGUUAGUGACAAUUUGGUGCACUGCUUCGCUACUCAUGGCACGAAACACCCAAAACCAAAAGUCACUCGGAGCAAAGCUGUUGUUCAGGAAGCUCGCUUGCUUGCACUGUCAGUGUUGUGCUUUAUUUUUAAGAUUCUUUUUUUUUCUGGAUUGGUCUCCUUGAGGCAGGGGUGUGAGGUAGGCCUCGACCCCUUUUCUCCCACCUUCCUCCCAUUCCUUCUCUUAUGAUGGAGUUGUGAGGUAGCAGGCAGCCCGGCUUUGUCCCAUCCAUCAGGCCUCCUCAGCUUGUCUUUGGGACUUGUCUUCCUAUCAGACAGGAGGGCCCAGGCUUGUCUGUCAGGCUGGUCCCAGGGUGGCCUCUGUUCCCCUGAGUUGCGGGGUUUUGCGUGAUGCGUCCAUGCUUUUGUAAAACCUUUUGCUUGUAUGGAAACUGUUUUUGUACUCACCUUUGGAAGAAAAUCAUCUUGGAUGUAUGUGCUUCCUUAAUUUUAGACUUAGGCUUUUUUUUGGUUGACCACACUGAAUAAAAAGGACUUAAUACUGUUAAAAUGUUUGAUUUCUUUGCUGUUAUUAAAAGAUUUCUGAGAACCUA